AUGGAAGAGAAGAGUUAUGCUGAUGAGUUGAAAACUCUUGCAAGCUUCAAAGAAACAAGAAAUGAGUGGUUUCUAAAGGAAGAGAAGAAAAAGAGGAGCAGAAAAGCAACUCCUAAAGUUCAAGUAGAGGAGGGCUCAUCUUCUCAACCAAAGAAAAAGCGUCAAAAGAAGAAUGUUGAAACUAUACUUAUUGAUGAAUCAGAUAAAGAAGAUGAAGCUGAAGCUGAAGUUGAAGCUAAUGUUGAAGGAGAUGUUCAUUUGUCUCCUGAAUCUGCAAAGUUUUUGAAAUCUCUUAAUAAAUAUAAUGUUGAAAAAGAAAAAGCAGCUAGUGAUGAAGAAGGUGACGAUGUAGACAAAAGUUCAUCAAGCUCAUCUGAAGAAGAAAUUGAUGAAACUGAACGUACAGCAAGAAUUAGAGCUGAGAUUGAAAAAGAGACACAAUUAAAGAGAAAGAGGAGAGAGGAUAAAGAUGAUGAAUUAUACAAUCCAUCUCCUAAGCAGGUUAUAGAAUCUCAGACACCUCCAUCUUCAGGUGGCAGAAAGAAAACAAGUGCAAGAAAGCGAGUUGUUACUCCAAAGGCAGCAAAAAGAUUAAGAGUGUUGUUAAAAAAGAAACCAAUCCAAGAACCUAGUAAACCACCUACACCACCACCUGAGCCAUAA